AUCAUUAGGAAGAAAAACAAUUAUAAAUUUGUGAAAAUGGCAUGUACCUUUAAAAAAAAGAUUUUGAUUGGUUGUACUGGUAGUGUUGCAACAAUUAAAUUACCACAAUUAGUAGAUAAAUUAUGGCGUAAUAACUUUGAAGUGAGAAUAGUAGUCACUGAAAAAGCUAAGCAUUUUUUGAAAGAGGCAGAACUGCCUCCAGGAAUUCAAGUUUUAUCUGAUACAGUGGAAUGGGCUGCUUGGCAAGACAGAGGUGAUCCUGUAUUGCAUAUUGAUUUAGUGAAAUGGGCCGAUUUAUUUUUAAUUGCUCCAUUAGAUGCUAAUACUCUUGGCAAAAUAGCUAGUGGUAUAUGUGAUAAUAUAUUAACUUGUGUUGCACGUGCCUGGGAUCCAUUAAAGCCUUUGGUCUUUUGUCCUGCCAUGAAUACAAAAAUGUGGGAACAUCCUGUUACUGCAACACAGAUAGCUCUAUUGAAGUCUUGGGGAUACAAAGAAGUUGCAUGCAUUUCUAAAACUCUUAUGUGUGGUGAUGUAGGAAUAGGUGGAAUGGCAGAAGUAGAUACCAUUGUUCAAACUACACUAAGGUUGCUUAAUCCUUGGGACCCAUAUUCUCCACCGGAUAUGCGCCUUUAAUAUCAAGAAUAAAAAUAAAAUAUUCAACGAAGCUUUGUUGUCAUACAAAUAAAAUGGAAAUAUCUUACAGAAAAUGAAAAUUAAAAAUAAAAAAACAAUCGCGUACUAUGGUGGAAUUCAAAUAAUUUAUGCUGAUAGUAAAAUUCGAGUUCAACAAGUUUUAACUUGUAAGAUUACGCUUUCCCGAAUACACUGUAGUCGCGAUAUUUUGUUGCUCAAAAUGAAAUGUCUAAAACAGUUGUGUUAAGGAAAGUGAGCAAAACAGCCGUUUGUCCACUCGCCAAAAUAAAAUAUGAAAACUGUAAAGAUAUUCUGUUAACAUAUCGUUUAAAGUUGACCCAGUAAAUAAACAUGUAUAUGUUUUUGUUAAAUACAUGAGUUAAAUGAUAAUAUA